AUGGCGUCCAAAGAGCAACAAGCCAUAAAAGAUCUCGCAGUGCAGAAUGAAGAAAAAGAAAACAAAAAAGGGAAGGCCUCCAAGCAAAGUGAAGAAGAAUCCCACCAGCUGGAAGAAGUUGAAAACACGAAGCCUGGGGAAAAUGUCAGAAGGGGACGAGUCAGGCGACUUGUGCCUGAUUUUCGAUGGGCCACACCAAAUAGACAUGUUGAUCACAAUGAAGGGGGAGAGGGUGUUGGGAAAUUUGUAGGGCAGGUGAUGGAAGGCAAGAAAAAGACUAGGGAGCAACAGAUGAGGCCUUACGGGCGUUUCCAGACACCAGAACCCGACAAUCACUAUGACCUUUGCCUCAUACCUUAA